GAUCACAUCAAACAGAUGAGACGCUCAGCACAUCUGCUCGACAAACUGGACAAACAUCAUUUGUGAAUUUGUAUUUAUGAAUGUAUUUAUUCUGGAUUGCUUUCAUGCUCUUCUCAGCCAACACGAACUCCAAACUUUUCAGAAUCCGGACUAAAUCUUAAUGUGACACCUGCGGAUAUAAAAGAUUCUGAAAUAAGCAACACAUUUUGGCUAACUGAUAGGCAUCUUCAUGGACUUCCUCCUCAAAAUCAGCAAACUACAGCUCCAGAGAUGGAAAAGGUCAGAUACACAGCUCCAGUCUUUCAUUCGAAUCUAUUUUAAUCAGCUGUACUCUCUUCCCAGCAUCCUUCUCAUUUCAUCAUGAUUAUUCCCCAAGGUUGGGGAACUAGGUUGGUUGUGAUGGAGCGGGCGGAGGCUACGAAUGAGCGGUUUGAUUGAAGAUGAAGGGUUAGUCCAUGCCAAAAACUAUUUUUUUGACUGACGCACUCUCUUAAACAUACUUUCUCAGUUUCUGGUUUAUGUGCUACAGGCAUAUCACAACUUCAGGCAUAGGUAAACAAGACCCACGUGAGAUUUGUUCAAGGUUUAUAGAGUAAGACACCACCUCGCGCAUUCGCACGCCAAUCCGAGAGUGCAGGGAGUCACUGGCACGCGGCUCCCCACCUGCUCUCGCACCUUUCCUCAGUCAGAGAUCACAACUGCAACUCUCUAGCUGUCUCUCGUCGCCGUCACAAGCUGCUAACAGCUGUUUCUCCUCUUUUUUUGGACAUUUGUCGCUCUGUUUCUCACUAAUUCCUUCCAUCAUUUUCCUCACCGUGUCACUGACACCAUCUUCAGUUUGACCCGCUUUGCCAGGAAGAGCGAGAGAGGGAGAAAUGCCAUCACCACGGCAGGGUCUUCAGCUGCCACACAAGUAGACUCACACAAGUGUUGAGAGAAGGAGAGAGAGACAGAAAGAUAGAAAAGGCCAGAAGGAGGUGAGAGGAAGUAAAAGGGAGAAGAGGAAACAAGAGGAGGCGGAGACGCACAACUGAAGAAUGUACAGCUUGGAGUCUGGCUCGGAUGCAUCCAGCUGGCACAGGCUUUAGGAGGCUGAAAUGGCCACUCCUCAAGGGUGUUGGGGUCCCUCUCUUCAACUCCUCCUCUUCUUUCAUCUGUUACUCUGUGUAGUGCCUCCCUGCCGGGGACGUCCAUUCUUCGGCCCUCCUACAGUCAACGUGGCUGUGGUUUUUAGUGGUUUGGCCCACCACAGUGAGAUCAAGGGCCGUCUGAGUCCAGAAAACUUCCUAGACAUGCCCCUGGAAGUGAACCCCAUCACCGUGCUGGUGAAUGACACUAACCCCAGGGCUUUACUCACACGUAUCUGUCAGACUAUGGCAGCAGAGAGCCUCCACGGAGUGGUGUUUGAAGAUGACGUGGACUCAGAAGCUGUGGCACAAAUCUUAGACUUUAUCUCCUCUCAGACGUCCAUCCCCAUCGUAGGCAUCAGUGGAGGUUCUGCAGUAGUCAUCCCACAUAAAGCUGAAGGCUCUACCUUUCUCCAGAUGGGAGCUUCUAUAGAGCAGCAGAUAAAUGCGAUGUUCAAAGUCAUGGAGGAGUACAACUGGGGUAACUUUGUAGUGAUCACCAGCUUGUAUCCCGGCUACGAGACCUUCUUGGACUACAUCCGCUCCUUCACAGACACCAGCUACUUCCUGUGGGAGCUGCGGGAUGUGCUGAGCUUUGAGAUGUCUGUGGGGGCCAAUGACAUCCGCACAAGAAGACUACUACAGCAGGUGGACUCGCAGGUAUACCUAGUGUACUGUUCCCAUGAGGAGGCACAGUACUUGUUCAGGAUGGCCUCUGAUGUGGGGCUUCUAGGGCCCGGAUACAUCUGGGUCAUCCCCAGCCUGGCUGUGGGGAACCCUGAAGUGUCCCCUCCUGACAGUUUCCCUGUGGGCGUCAUCAGUAUUAUCACAGACCGCUGGAGGAAAACACUGCGCCAGAGGGUUCGGGAAGGAGUCGCAGUCAUAGUAAAAGGGGUGCACAGCUUUUAUAAGAACAGAGGAUUCAUUCCCGAUGGUCACAGUGACUGCAAUAGUCCUGUCAAAUCGUACGCCAACAAUUCUCUCUUCAGGCAUAUGCUAAAUGUGUCAUGGGAGCAUAAGGACCUCUCCUUCAACACUGAUGGCUAUCUCACCAAUCCUUCCAUGGUGAUCAUUGCUUUGGAUCGAGAGAGACACUGGGACAAGGUAGGAAGCUACGAGGGAGGGAUUCUGCAGAUGCGAUACCCUGUAUGGCCCCGUUACGGCAGCUUCCUGGAGCCCGUGUCUGACAACCGGCACCUGACUGUGGCCACGCUGGAGGAGAGGCCUUUUGUCAUCGUGGAGAGUGUUGAUCCUGCCACAGGCACUUGUGUGCGUAAUACUGUGCCAUGUCGUCGACAGUCCAACAGAACUGAAAGUGUAACAGGUCAUAAUGAGCCUUACACCAAACUCUGCUGCAAAGGUUUCUGCAUAGACAUCCUAAAGAAGCUCUCACGCACCAUCAAGUUUUCAUACGACCUUUAUCUGGUCACAAAUGGGAAACAUGGCAAGAUGGUCCGUGGCAUCUGGAAUGGCAUGAUUGGAGAGGUCUUCUACAAGCGUGCAGAUAUGGCAAUUGGCUCGCUUACCAUCAAUGAGGAGCGAUCAGAGAUUGUUGACUUUUCAGUGCCGUUCGUGGAGACUGGGAUUAGUGUUAUGGUGGCCAGAAGCAAUGGAACAGUCUCACCUUCUGCCUUCCUGGAGCCUUACAGUCCAGCUGUGUGGGUUAUGAUGUUUGUAAUGUGCCUGACUGUUGUGGCAGUCACCGUGUUCGUGUUUGAGUACUUCAGCCCUGUUGGCUACAACCGGAGCCUUGUCAGUGCCAAAGCCCCUGGGGGUCCAACCUUUACCAUUGGGAAGUCUGUCUGGCUUCUGUGGGGAAUCGUCUUCAACAACUCUGUUCCUAUUGAAAACCCCAAAGGCACGACCAGCAAAAUUAUGGUCCUGGUCUGGGCUUUUUUUGCUGUCAUCUUCCUCGCCAGCUACACAGCCAAUUUAGCUGCCUUCAUGAUCCAAGAGCAGUACAUUGACACUGUGUCUGGACUUAGUGACAAAAAGUUUCAAAAACCCCAGGAACAUUAUCCUCCUUUUCGCUUUGGGACGGUCCCAAACGGCAGCACAGAGAGAAACAUUCGAAGCAAUUACCCUGACAUGCACACCCACAUGAUAAAAUACAACCAGAAGGGUGUGGAAGAAGCUCUCAACAGCCUCAAGACAGGGAAGUUGGAUGCCUUCAUAUAUGAUGCAGCAGUUCUUAAUUAUAUGGCUGGCAAGGAUGAGGGGUGCAAGCUGGUCACCAUUGGUAGUGGGAAGGUGUUUGCUACCACCGGCUACGGCAUUGCUCUGCAGAAGGACUCCCGCUGGAAGCGCCCCAUAGACCUGGCUCUCCUCCAGUUCCUGGGAGAUGGGGACACACAGAGACUGGAGACAGUAUGGCUGUCUGGAAUAUGCCAGAAUGAGAAAAACGAGGUCAUGAGCUCCAAACUAGACAUAGACAACAUGGCAGGUGUUUUCUACAUGUUGCUCGUGGCCAUGGGCCUCAGCCUGCUGGUCUUUGCUUGGGAACAUUUACUUUACUGGAAACUGAGGCACUCUGUCCACAAGUCUGAUCACUUAGACUUCCUGCUGGCUAUUAGCAGGGGCAUAUACAGCUGCUUUAAUGGCGUCGAAGAUAUUGGCAGAUCUACCAGCAUACAGAAUCCAGACAUCACGGCCAAUUACGCCCAGGCCAACAUGCUGAAAAUGCUGCAGACAGCCAAGGACAUUGUCUCCUCAGCCAAAGUGGAAAACUCAUUGGAUAACGCCACCAAGACCAUUGAGAACUGGAGUCGACACAGUGGCAGCCUGCCAGCACGUAUACCAUUGGUGACCACAACUGAAAAAGUUCCUGGUCACUUCUCUUACAUCACUAAUGUCACAGAGAACCACAUACCUCACAUGCAGCGUUCCAUAACUCCACCUUUCACGCAACACACCAAAAUUUCUAGCCCACCACCAAUGGUAAACCAGAGAGUCUUAACGCGGCCCACUCCACUUCGCUACACGCUUCCUGCCAGGACUAGGGGUCUCUAUGACGGUAUGCUUCCUGUGUCCAGUAUGAGCACACCUCAUCUAGCCAUGCAUGAUCCUCCAUCCAACCUGGCCUAUCCUGGUUCUUCCUUUGUCCCAUAUAGAGACAUAUACACCGAACACCACAAGCCUUGUCACAGCGAUUUUUCAGAUGCCGUCAGGCGGAAAAAGAGACCCCAGAAUCUCUUGGUGGAGUCCAUGGAUCUGAGGGGGCUUCAUGAUUAUAAAAACCAAUCAACAUGUCAUAACGAAGCAAACAGUUUUGCUGAAAACCACCUGUCUUCAUCCUUCAGGGAAAAUCCUUUUGCAGCCGCAGACACAGCUUGUAAUACCUGCAUCAAAACAUACUUCGACCCCACAUUUGAUGACAUACCUCUGAUAGGGAAAAGGAAGCUUCAUCGCAGACCUUCAUUCCUGAAAGCCACUUGGGGUCCCGACAGAGUUCGGUUCCCAGGUGACAGACCCACUGCCACAGCCUCCCCACAAGUAACUAUACCCGACCUGUUCCCUUGCGUGGACGUACAUGGACGGGUGAGGAACACCCUGUGUUACACCCAACCGAUGGAUCACAACUACCUUCACGCCUUCCGGCGAAACCCCAGGAAAAGCCAGAAGCUCAGACACAGCCAGUCCACAAGGCUUCCCUCCUACAAAGAAGCGAUUUUCCACAACGUGGCAGCUGUCAGAAGGGCAUCCAGUUUGGUACAUAGACCCUACUCCUACCCAGAGCUGCCAGUCUACCAGAGCCCACUGUCAUAUGGACCUGCUGAAUUAUGCAACAUCUUCCCAUGCAUGGGACAUCCCAGUGACAGUGUAUAUGGAGGGUAUAGGGCACCCACACACCAACAGAAUGACCAUCUAGUGCCUGUUCCAGGCAGCAGGGUGGUUCAUAGCAGUCCUAUUGUGCCCAUGACAUGGGGCAGAAUUUCCAGUCUGGAAUCAGAGGUUUGAACUUCUUCCAUGUGCCAAUUAGAAACUAUUUGGCCUACAAGCUUCUACUUACCAAUAAAAUGACUUCGCCUUUAACUUGAGCAGAAACACAAACCAUGUUACUGGUUUUCGUUUUUCUUUCUUUCUUUUUUAAAAUUAAUUUAAGAUUGAAUUUUUUAAAGUGCAAUAAUGUAAUAACUGAAGAACGUAUUUAAGGAAAUAGUCAUAUCCAUUCUAAAUUUUGAAUGGAUGAAUGAAUGGACAUGUAGAACUGUAAAUGAUUAGCCGUCCUUAUCUCCUUAGUCCACAAAAUGCAACAUAUUGCUACCGUACUAACUGGAUGAAAUAUUUUUUUCUUCAAAGAUUGUAGGAAAGAUACUAAACUAUAUGAAGUGUUCAUUUUGAAGUACAUUUGGUAUUAUACACUAUGUAAUUCUCUAGGAUACUGAUUUUGUAAACACUUUAGACAUAGUGUCCGAUAUUUUUUAUUUUAACAGCAGGGCUAUAUAAGUGGAUUUUUCAGGCUCUAACGUUCCCUUUCCGUCUCUCGUUCAAUGUCCAAUCUCCUGUCGCUCUCUCUCUCUCUGCUGUGAGCGGGCUUUUGAAGAAGAGCAAAUUAAAUGGUACUCUAAUAUUAGCAUCAUCAAGGAUCUUCACACUUUAAUAAAUCACAAAGGACCAUCAGUUAGUCCUUUGUAACUGCUGUCUUCUUUAGAUGGCUGACGGAUAUAACUCUUUGAACACUGCCUUUUAUAUGCAGAGCCAUGGCAUAUUUUUUAACAGGGAUUGGCUGUUUGUAGUUGUGACACGACGGAAAGACACAUUACUUUAAUAAUAUCCGCACACAAAAAAAGUCUGCUGCCUGUCACCCAUAAGAUCAGGUCUAGGGCAGUUUCGCUGUUGGCGAUGGACCACUGCUAUCAAGUCUGUUUGACCUGCAUACUGAACCUCAUACCCACGAGGAAAUCUGUCUGUGCCUCAAAAUAAACUUGCAAUGCUCCAGAGUGUGAAAGAGCGAGAGAAGGAUGGCGCAACAGAUGGAAAAGAAGAGAAACAACAAGGAAAUGAGAAA